CCGUUGUGAGGCGGGGCCGUGCCGCGGGGCGGGGCUGGCUGCUGGCUGCUGCCGGCAUUGCGGCCCGUUGGCGGCGGAGCGGGCGGCGGUGCCGGAGGAGAUCUCAUAUGUAUUAUGAUAUAGUUCUCAAGUCUGGAAUCACCUUGUGAACCAUAUUUCUUAAUUACGUCAGUGCUUCAAGAUACAGUGAAGCAGUAGUCAGAAUAACCUUGAAGAUCUUUUGGAGCUACUAGAAAUCUGAUAAUCAAGAGCCAGAAUGACAGACAUAAAAGAUGGACCACGCUCAGGGGAAGAUCUGUCAGAUGCAAGAUCUUUCCCUGGUUCCAAAGGAAUGAACUUACCUGCUAGCAAGUCUGUGGAUUCUGGAAUUCUGCCUGAUGAUAGUUACAGAAUGGAUUAUCCAGAGAUGGGAGUAUGUGUUAUAAUAAACAAUAAGAACUUCCACCGAGAUACCGGACUGUCAUCUCGUGCAGGCACGGAUGCAGAUGCUGCAAGUGUCAGAGAAGUUUUUAUGAAGCUGGGAUAUAAAGUCAAGCUUAACAAUGACCUGUCAAGCAGAGAUAUUUUUAAGCUAUUAAAAAAUGUUUCUGAAGAAGAUCACAGUAAGCGAAGCAGUUUUGUUUGUGUGUUGCUAAGCCAUGGCGAUGAAGGACUCUUCUAUGGUACAGAUGGCCCUCUUGAACUGAAAGUACUAACAAGCCUUUUCAGAGGUGACAAGUGCAGAAGUCUGGCAGGGAAACCCAAACUCUUUUUCAUUCAGGCCUGUAGAGGAACAGAAUUAGAUUCAGGUAUUGAAGCAGACAGCGGACCAGAUGAAACGGUGUGUCAGAAAAUACCUGUGGAAGCAGACUUCCUGUAUGCGUAUUCUACUGCUCCUGGCUAUUACUCCUGGAGGAACGCAGCUGAAGGCUCCUGGUUCAUUCAGUCUCUGUGCAGAAUGCUGAGGGAACAUGCCAGGAAACUUGAACUCAUGCAGAUUUUAACUCGUGUAAAUCGCAGAGUGGCAGAAUACGAAUCCUGUUCCACUCGGCAGGAUUUCAAUGCCAAGAAACAGAUUCCAUGCAUUGUGUCUAUGCUUACCAAAGAAUUUUACUUUCCUUGCUAAAGAAAAUUGCCAAGUGCAAUUUUUCACUUUGGGUUUUUAUCUGUAAUUUAUACACUGUUAGUAGGGAAUACCACUUUAGUCUGAAUUACUGUUCACUGCCAUAUGAGGCACAACGAACUAUCUGAGAGUUGGAUAUGUCCGUUGUUAGAAGUAACCCGUGGUAUGGCUAAGUUAGAAAUGCAAACUUAAAUAGUUGAAGCACAGGAAAAUUUGAACGUAGUAAGAAUUUGGAAUAAUUACGAGGAGGGGACUGAAGAGAAAUCACAUCACUUACUGGACCUACUUGGUGCUACAUUUCACUUUGCAGAAGGAGCGGGCAAAAGAAACUGGUCUUGUAAAUGGUUUGGUUUCGUAUCUUUUCCAGUAGGAAGAAGAUUCAGAGUGUGAUCUGGUUGCUAAUUGCAGUAAUGUGGUAGUAGUGUCAUUACACGUUAAUUCUUAACAAAGAAACAAUCGAGUUUUUUGAGUUUAGGUUGUAAGGUAGCCUAAACUUCUUGUAUUACUUAGGACGUAAACUGUGAAAAAUGGCCAUUUCAUUUCUUACAUAUGCUUAGGAGGCAUCUUUAGAAGUAAGUUCAUUUUGUCUUAAUUAUUUUAUAACCUUUUAUAUUGAGCAUUAGGUGAGGUAAUGUUAUCAACGCACUAUCUGUUUCUAAGUGAAUUUGUGUUUUUGGCCUUGAAGCUGAGGAACUAAGGGACCAGUCUUCCCAAAUGCCUUUUUUAUUGCAGCUCCUAGGGAGAGCUUUAAUACUCUUUGGGCAUGUAUGAGGCCACAAGAUUCAAUGUAAAAGAAAAUCUGCAUUCUGAAAAGCCAGCUUUCCUCUUUCUGGCCCUUAAAUCAGGGUGAUUCUGCUUUCUGCAGAUAUACAUACCACAUCUGAUCUUUGCGGAAGCCUGAAUGUGGUGCUACCAGAGAAAUUUCCUUGUCUGCUCUCAAUUGGGUUAAUUACGUGUGUCUUUCAAAAGAUCUUAGUAUGUUAAUGAAUAGUAAACGUAAGUCUCUUAGUUUUGACCCCGGAUUUUGUGGAGUAGGCAUUUAGAAAGUUGUAAAGCAUAGAUGCUUUUUGUAAUGGUUCAGAUUGUGACAGUCUUUUGAUGAACAGAGGAAGACAUUGGUAAAUGACCGUCUGGUGCUUGCAAAAUAAGACUUAAAAUCUUUUAUGUUGUGUAGCAUAAAUGGUGUUAGUGAAUUGAUGUCUUCUUCCGGAGCCGUUUGGAUUUUUUUAAAUUAAAUAUUGUCACCUGAAUUGUA